GCCAAAUUUGCAUGAGGCGCAUACAAGUUGUACCAGCUGUAGCACAGCCACAUUACCCGUCGAACGACACUCAUCAGACACAACCAUGCCUGACGCAACAACCAAAACUCCAGCGGGCCGGAAGGGCUCAAAGAAAGCCGCGGCUAAAACCACCAAGGGCAACAAGAAGAGGAGGUCCAAGAAGAGGAGGGAGAGCUACGCCAUCUACGUGUACAAGGUGCUGAAGCAGGUCCACCCCGACACCGGCAUCUCCUCCAAGGCCAUGGGCAUCAUGAACUCCUUCGUCAGCGACAUCUUUGAGCGCAUCGCCGGUGAGGCCUCCCGUCUGGCUCACUACAACAAGCGCUCCACCAUCACUUCCAGGGAGAUCCAGACCGCCGUCCGCCUGCUGCUGCCCGGGGAGCUGGCCAAGCACGCCGUGUCUGAGGGCACCAAGGCCGUCACCAAGUACACCAGCUCCAAGUAAACACCUCUGCUCUCACUCAGCGACACAGCUACAACACAAAGGCUCUUUUAAGAGCCACACACUCACACUCUGCAGAGCUUGUCCUCUUCUGUCUCAUCUGUUAGUGAUAGUUAGAAUAAUGUAAAGUUAAUGAGAUAAAUAUACAGGUCUGUUAAUAUAGUUAACUGUGUUUGAAAGAAAGUAUAACUUACUUCUAUAUCAGUUUAAUUCGCUUUUAAAGGGAUAGUGAAAUAAAAGAUUUUAAUCCUUGCAUUGUGUUUUUACUGUUGUGGUGAUAAUAUACCGGUGUCAUCACUGUUAAUUCAGGUAGUAUACAGCACAGUCAGGGAGACCAGGGUUGUUUGUCACAGCGCUUAUUGCAGCCACAUUAGAAGAGAAACAUCUCCCUGCAGAGUUACCACCAUUUUGGACCUGUGCAUGUGAGAUUUAGAUUAGAUUAUCAUUUUGAAGUCACAAUAGACAUCGUUUCAGCUAACGUAGCUAGUGUGCUGGCUAAUGUUGGCAGCCAUAAACAAGCAGCUAUGGUUCAUUGUUAAUUGUGUUGUAAUUUAAAUAAAGGACACAUUUUAUAUUGCUAGCGCUAACAUGGCUAGCUUGUUGAAAUGUUGACUCCUCUCCCUGCUGUGUGGUGAUUGGCUGAAUUAAAAACUGUUAAGUGUUUGACUGACAGGGGAUUGUGUGUUUCUGAUUGGCCACAUUAAAAAAGGGGUUGACAGAUACCCCGCCCUCUACAGCACGCACAUGUGCACGUCUAAAAUGGCGGCUCUGCAGGAGGAUGUUUCUCUUCAUUUUGCACCGUCAUUUUGUCCAGCGCACAAAACACAGAGGUGAGGAGAUAUUUUCUCAUUUUCAUGGUUCAGAGUAAUUUUUCAUGUUGGUGUUUUUAUCUUAAAGGUUUUUAGGUUAUCUGUCAUUUAAGUUAAAGGAAACAGCUUUGAUUUGAAACAGCUUUUAGCGAGCAAGCUAACACCGUGUGGUAGCUAGCUUAAAAUGUUUGUCAGAAGGUCAGCUGAGGAUGGCUGUCACAUGUAGGACAUCUCAUGUUUCUUUAAUGGUACAUUCAUACAUUACAUACAUUCAGUUAUUAUGACACAUCAUCUUUAAUAAAGUUUAGAUCAUUUUCAGCUCUGAAACAGAACGUACGUGCUACUUGGCCGUCGGAUGUAGUCUGUGUAGUGUGUUCAAAUGCAACUGACACAUGGCGAUGUAGUUCUUUGAUGUCGGUUUGGUGUGUCCGCAGUUGGAGAGGUCCAAACCCAGUGUUUCUAGGUGCCCUAAAAAUGAGUCACAUAAGCCUUCUCCUGUUGUGUCAAGUGCCUGAAGAAAACCAACAAAGUGCUCAUGAAUGGAGAUACCUUUUGACGUUUCACAGUUUACUAUCCGUAGCACCACUGAAAGCUGCUCAUUGUGACUGAGGUCUGGAGUGCAGUCCAUGAUAACAGCAUAAUAUUUAGCUUUCUUUACUUUCUCCACGAUUGCAUCAAUUGUGCACUUUGCUACAAGGGAGAUGAGCUGUCAGAGUGACCAUGAAAUGCUAGAUUGUGCUCUGCCAGAUGGUUAACAAUUGCAGUUAAUCUUGUCAGAACCUCUUUCCAGCGAUUUACUUCAAGAGAAAGUAGAUUUUGGUUUGCCUGAUCUAUAGAUGUGUUUGUCUGGAGUUUCUGUGAUAGGUUGUGCCAAGUAUCCAUAUUUGCAAUGUGCUCAGCUGACUUUUCAUGUUGUCUCAGGUGGGCUGAAAGAUUUUUCCAAUCAUUAAACCCAUCAUCACUCAGCUGAUUGCUCCUUUCUCUGUUUCCAAACAGGCAGCAGCAAAAGCAAAUAACACAGUCCUUCUUUUCACUGUAGACAAGCCACAAUCUGCUUAUCUUUUCUCCAUUUUUCAUUUGCAUGUAGUAAUUGCUGCUAGUAAAUCUGCACCCCUCUUCAUUUCUUGGGAAAAUCCUGUCCUUCACCUGAAGUGGUCCUCUCUGCACCUAUCUGACAGCUGUUGUGGCCAGAGUGCUGGAUCAUCUUCAAGUGGACUAAUGAGCUGAGUGGAUGAUGCUUGAUUCUCACAAUCUGGUGGAACAACAUCAUCCUCAAAGCCUGGCAGGAUGCUCUCACAGCCCACCCCUGU